AUGGCCGCGCCGUCCACCAACCGUUCAGGUCGGCCACGCAAGGCAUCCACUGCAACAGCACCCAUGCCAGCAAUCGAAACACCCGUCCCCUCUGGACCGUCUACUGCUGGCAUCGCACCCACCGCCGUCACAGCCAUGACUACGACCGGCCCGAUGACAGUCGCAGAGUGCGAGGCGCUCGCCGCCCAGCUCACCGACACGAGCACGCCGAUGCGCCGUCGUAUGGAGAUUGCCAGCGAGCUGCGUGACUCUGCAGAGUCCAACCGCGACUAUGCCUUUUACGACAAGUACCUGGGCGUCUUCAUCCCUGCGCUCGUCCAGAUCCUGGGCGAGGAGAAGCACAUUGUGUUCGUCAAGGACAACUCGGAACAGCGGUUCCGCCACACCCUCCUCGCCUACCUCCAGCGUCUCCCCCACAACGAACCGUUCCGCCAGUACGAGGCCAAGGUCAUGGAGCUUAUGGUCAAGCUCCUCAAGGUCGAGAACGAGGACAAUGCGCUCCUGUGCAUCAAGAUUAUGAUCGACGGCUUCCGUAGCCACAAGGACCAGGCCGAGCCAUUUGUCGAGCCGUUCCUCGAGCUCGUCAAGCAGAUGUAUGGCAACCUCAAGGGUGUCGUGGAAAAGGAGUUUGGCUCGCCAGGCGGCAAGCAACCAUCCACCAACCCGUCCACCCCAGCGAGUGACGGCCAGCCGGCACCACCACAGGCAUCGUCGUCCUCACACACACAACUCUCGCACGCCUUGCACUCUCCCAAGACGUACAAGUCGGUCAUGGGCCCCGCCAUGCUUGACCUGUCGCCGCUUGUGAUGGAGAGCAUCAAGAUCCAGCCCGAGCCCCAGCGCAUUGCACACCACGAGGCCAAGGAGCGCGGCGAGAUUUUCGUUGGCGUGGCACCAGGCAUCAGCAACCGGGAGAUGUACACCGAGCUCAUCAAGACGCAGGUCAAGACCAUGGCGUUCUUGGCCUAUGUCCUUCGUGGGUCGUCCCAGGCCAACGUCAAGGACUACCUCGAAGUCUUCCCCGAGGCGUGUAUCCGACUCUUGCGCGACUGCCCCCCCGAGGACGUCAGUACCCGCAAGGAACUCCUCGUCGCCACCCGUCACAUCCUCACUGCCGAUUCGCGGUCCUCGUUCAUUCCUUACAUUGACACGCUGCUCGAGGAGCGCGUGCUUGUGGGCACGGGUGUGUCGAGUCGCGAGCUGCUGCGACCCCUCGCGUCGUCCGUCGUGGCCGACCUCAUCCACCACGUCCGCAACGAGCUUCCCAUCGCCCAGCUGAACCGCGUCGUGUACGUCUUUUCGUGCAACCUCAACGAUGCCACCUUCUCGAGCUCCAUCCAGACCAUGUGCGCCAAGCUGCUCAACACGAUCGUCGACUCGAUUGCCAACAAGGGCGACGCCGAGCAGUCUGCUCGCCUCAUGAAGAGCAUGUUCAUCUCUUCGUUGGAAAAGCUCCAGGCCAUGACCGAGGCGUACGACAAGCUCAAGGCGCUCUCUGUCCGCGACAAGGGCAAGGGCAAGGCCAAGGAGGAAGUGACUGCCACUCCUGCCGCGGCCGCUGCUGCUGUGGGAACGGAUGUCACAAUGGAGGAUGCUACCGAGGACACGACCGCUGCGGACCGUCUCGCCUACGGCUGGCGUGAGAUUGAACAGGCCAUGCCCGUCAACCAGGUCGCCUACGCCAACGAGUCGCUCGAGACAUUCUGUCGCGAAGCCAAGUACCUCUUCAAGACGCUCCUGCACACGUUCCGCACACUCCUCACGUACACGCGCCAGGGAGACAACCCUGUCCCGGCACCGGACGGCGAGCUGUUGUCGAGGUUCUUUGAGCACUCGUUGCGCGCCAUUGCCAUCUUUGACGCCAACCGCGAUCCGCGCGAGCCCAAGGAGGCGAUUGAGCUUCUCUCCCAGAUCCUCCUCCUCUUUGACCCCCACGCGUUCCGGGAGGUGUGGACGACGCACAUGGAUUUCUUUGUCGAGAACGCCCUCACCAACGUGCACGUCUUCUCGGUGCUCCAGAUCCUCAUUACGCACGAGUCGGUUUCGCACCAGCUCGUCGCUAUUACGCUCAAGCACCUGAUGGCCCACCUCGACGAAGUGGGAAGCUACUCGCCCAAAAAGGCCAGUCUCACUCUGCGUCUGUUCAAGAUUUCCUUCUUGGCGAUCAACACGUACAUUACGACCAACGAGGUGGUGCUUGUCCCUCACCUGCAGAAGCUCAUCAUGCGCUCGUUCUCGCUCGCACCCAAGGCCAACGACCCCACAGUCUACUACCAGAUCCUGCGUGCCCUCUUCCGCUCCAUUGGUGGUGGUCGCUUCGAUCAGCUGUACAAGGAGGUCCUCCCCAUUCUCCAGGAGAUGCUCGACAACCUCUCCUACCUCCUCCAGCACGCCAUCGAUCCGGUCCAGCGCGACCUGUUUGUCGAGCUCACCCUCACUGUGCCCGUCCGUCUCACAAACCUCCUCCCUCACCUGAGCUACUUGAUGAAGCCCCUGGUCCAUGCUCUCCAAGCCGGACCAGAACUCAUCAGCCAAGGUCUGCGCACGCUCGAGCUGUGCAUCGACAACCUCACCGCCGACUUUUUGGACCCCACAAUGUCUCCCGUGUUUCGCGAGCUCAUGGGCGCACUGCACAAGCUCCUCAAGCCCGUGCCCGCCAACCGCAGCCACUCGCAUGCUGCGGUCAAGAUUCUCGGAAAGCUCGGUGGCCGCAACCGUCGUUUCAACGAGGUCGAGAACCUCCUGGAAUACAAGCCCAAGCCGAACGACCUCACCGCUCCCAUCUCGUUUGAGGGCAAGGUGUCGCGCUUUGAGCUGUCCCCGCUCGUGUCUGCUGCCGAGAUGGCCGUCAGCCAAAAGCUCGAUGCGUGCCAGGAGGACAGUCUCGAGGUGCUCAUGCUCUCGGCCUUGACGGUCUUGCACGAGGACCGCAAGGACACCGAGGCGACACCCGUGUUCCGCACAACGAUGAAGGCGCUCUUCCAGGCAUGCCACCGGCCGCUGCUGUCCGAAAAGGCGCUCAAGUUUGUGCGCGAUUUCUGCAGGCGCGUGUUCCUCGCCGAGCUCAUGCGUACCGAGGACAAGAACGACAAGCUCCUGCCCGACGUCAACCACAGGCCGCGUGCCCUCCCUCUGACGCUUGCCAUUACGGACGCCGUCGUCAACUGCCUUGCUGACGCAAACGGUGCCGAGCGCGACCAGCACGCCGAGACCCUGGGCAGCAUCAUCGCCGACUUUAAGGAGGUCGCCAUGAAGCCCGAGUACGCAUCCAACAAGGACACGUCGCGCAACAUUGACCGUUUCGUCCUCACCUUUGUGCGCAGGUUCACCAACCUGUGCCAGGACGAAGACUGGAACCGCAAGAUGGCCGGUGUCACCGCUAUGAACGUGUUUGUGCGCGGGUCCGAGUUGAGCCGCAAGUACAUUAUCGACCUGGAAAUCGAGUUUAUCCGCGUCCUCAUGUUUGCCCUGCGCGACGCACCGCGCGAUCCUCCCAACCAGGUGCAAGGCAUCAUCGACCUGAUCCAGCACCUGAUCCGCACGUGUCAGUCGCAAGAGGACGGCAAGCAGCGCCAACCGCGUCUGACCGAGUUGCUCGUUCGCGAACUCAACUCGCAGACCAAGCUCGCGCGCGAGGCUGCCCAGUCGUCGCUCAAGCUCCUGGGCGAGGUGACCGACCAGCCCGUCUCCAACGUGUGCGGGUCCAUUGCCCGCGCGGUCCUGCUCGACACGAACGCCGGCCCCAUCUUCUCCAAGCCCCUCCGUGCCCUGUCGUCGUUUGCCAUGCAGGUCGGCAACAUUGACUGCGUCACCUACCUCAUGGACCUGCGCCCCGCCGUGCCCGAGAUCAACGACGAGUUUAUCCGUCUUGUCCAGGAAGUGCUUGCGCUUGCCGACGUCGACGACGCGAGCCUCAUCCCCAACAAGCGCGGUGAGCCGCCCAGCCACAAGCAGAGCUACUGGCUCAAGGCCCUGCGUAUCGCCUGUCUCCGCAUGCUCCGGUCGACCAUGAACAACAAGGAGUUUAACGAGACGACAGCGCUUGCGCCGAUCCGUCAGCGCAUCAUUACAGUCUACUUCAAGCACGUCUACUCGACGUCGCCCGAGAUUGUCGAUGUCGCGCACGAGGGUCUCCGCGACGUCAUCCAGCAGCAGAACAAGCUGCCAAAGGAGGUCCUCCAGUCGGGGCUGCGUCCCAUCUUGGUCAACUUGGCAGACGCCAAGCGCCUCAGCGUUCCUGGUCUCGAGGGCCUGGCGCGCUUCCUCGAGCUGCUCACCAACUACUUCAAGGUUGAGAUUGGUGUCAAACUCCUGGACCACUUUGACACGCUCGCGGACGUGGCCAUGCUCGCCAAGGCUGCCGCUGGACCCCUGGAUGACAACCCGGAUAUUUCGCGCAUGACUCGUCUGGUCAACAUUUUCCGUCUCCUCCCCGCCACUGCCGUCCAGUACCUCAAGCAGCUGACCACUCAAGUUGUCAACGUCGAGGCGCAGCUGCACCAGAGCGCUCCGGGCCCGUUCACCGAGAACAUUGCCCGUUACCUCGAUCGGUACCACACUGAAGGCGCGACCAACUUGCUGGAUAACAUUCGCAACCAGCGUGUUGUCUGGACGUACCGCAACAUUAUUGCGUCGGGCAAGGCCCCGCAGCUGGUCAACGAGCUGUCAGAGCGUGCAGAGGCCAUUUGCACCCUCACGUUUGCCAACCCGGAGCAGUUCGACCUCGUCCUCCCCGGUCUGUACAUUAUCCGCGAGCUGUCGCGCACGUCGCCGACGUGGCUGUCGGACCGCGAGCCCGUCCUCGAGGCGCUGGUCAACGUGUGGCGCUCCAUCGUCACCCGCUCGCGCGAUCCCAAGCAGGACAUGACCAACGUGCACUACCAGACCAUGCCCCCGCUCAUCCUCGAGAUGCUCAUGAACGCCCUGGAGCAAAAGGAACACAUUGCGCUCCUCUUCCACGUCGUCGAGGCGUACGAGAUUCGCAGCAGUUUCGACCGCUCCCACGUCGCCUUCUUCCUCUACCAGCGCGUCGCGCUGCAGGAGUCGGUCGAGUACCGCCGCGAGGCGCUCGACUAUUUCAUGAACCUCUACGAGGACGACGUGGUGCCAUGGGCGUUUAAGAGCAACGCGCUCCGCCUGGUGGUCAACCCGACUCUGCGUGUCUACUUUGGCGCUACCGGCGACGCGGCGUCGUCAACUCCCACCGCGCCGACCGAGGAGACGGACAAGGAGCCCAAGGACGACUUGAUCACGCCCGCGCUGGUCACCAAGAUUGCCGACCGCAUGUGGCGUCCCCUGCAGUCGCCUACAAUUGCUCGUCAGCGUGACGACACGCUCCUGAUUGAGAUCUUUGCGCUCACGACACUGCUCGUCAAGCAUGCCGACAAGAAGAUUGCCGACCAGCGUAAAGAGGUCUUUAGGUUGUCGUGGCUCGGCAUCAACCUCCUCGAGCCCACCGUCAAGCUCAUGGCUUACGUCCUCGCCGCGUCGUUCAUGGCCAAGUUUGAGACGCCCGUCAAGUUUGUGCGUCUCACGUGGACUGGUCUUCUGCGUCUGAAGGAGAACGAGUCCAAGGCGCUCUUCCGUCAGGCCAUCGAUACCUUGGCGUCGUGUGUCCUCGUCCGCGACCCGCCGACUGGCAGCGGUAUCCCCGACUGGGCGCAAAAGGUCAAGACGGUUCUCGUCGAGGAGGGUCACGCCACGAGCACGCUCGUUGUUGUCUGCGAGCUUCUCGUCAACCACCCGGACCUCUUCUACGACUACCGCGACCUCUAUGUGCCGCACAUUGCCAUGUCGCUCCAGAAGCUUGGUUUCGUUGCCGCCGCCACCGCCGACAUGAAGCGCCUGACUGUCGAUGUUAUCGAGCUCAUCUUCCGCUGGGAGCGCAAGCGUAUCGCCUCGCGCGACGAGGCACAUCGCGACGACGCCACAGACGCCAUGGACGUGGACGAGAAGGACGGCUCGGUUGCGUCGCCCGCAAAGCGCCAGCGUCUGGAUCGUGCCGGUACGGCCGUGUCGAGCGCCAGCAGCGGUGGCUGGGUCACACCCGCUGCCACCCGUGAACUCAUCACGGCCCACCUGCUGCGCAUUGUCGCGUCGUCCAACGAGCCUGUCUCGCGCGGCGGUCUCACCAAGCGUGCGCUCGACCUGUUCAAGGAGAUUCUGGGCCCGAAGGGCCUGCCCAACGUGUCGGUCAAGCUCGGCUUCUUCAACCGCACAAUGUCCCAGGACAUCAACGAGAACACUAUUGGGACAGUCGCCAACUCGACCGAGGUCAUCGCCGUCGUUGCCGAGUACCGCGACCAGCCGUGGAUCCGCGGCAAGCUCGAGGUGUUCCGCAAGCUCCUCGAAAAGGUGUGGGUGUUUGACGACGCUACGCUGCACGAGACCAUCCGUCCCCUCACCGAGCGCAUGUUCGCCGAGCUCCCCGACGAGGAAGUCGCCGACUCGGAAGAGGACUCUCAAAAGCUCCUCAAGUACGUGUCCACCACUGUCAACAAUGGUCUCCAGGCCAGCCUGCGUUCCAGCGCCGAGCUUCCCGGUACCAUCUUCCUCCUCAAGUGCUGGCUCAAGGUUCAGCCCAAGCAGCUGCACAAUGAGGGUCUCGCUUCGGGCGUUCUCCGUGUCCUGUCCAACCUCGUCAAGGUCCACACCACCAACAACGGCCCUGACCCGAGCUACCGUCUCAUCAUCUCGAUCCUCGACGUGCUCCGCGACCGUGUGGCCGACCUGCGCGACCACCGCCGUUACCUCGUCAACAUUCUCGGUGCGCUCAUUGACAAGUCGACCAACCUCACGCUCUGCCGCUACCUGCUCGACAUGGUGCGCCAGUGGGUCACCAAGGAUGUCGACGGCCCCAUUGUUGUCAAGGACAAGGCCCACCUGCUGUUGCGCAUGGCCUCGUUUGAGACCCGCGAUGACGCGCUGUUCAAGCAGUACCUCGACCUCAUUUACGAGGUGUACGAGCUGCCCGUGCUCUCGGGUACGGACAUUACGCACCGUCUCGAGCCCGCGUUCCUCCUUGGUACCCGCAGCAAGGACCCGGCUCAGCGCACAAAGUUCCUCGACAAGCUCGAGCAGACUCUCCCGCACGCGCUGGACGUUCGUCUCGAGUACCUCUACUCGCUCCAGAACUGGGAGACGCUCGCGGAUAGCUACUGGAUGCCGCAGAUGCUGUCGCUGCUCCUCGGCGCGGCUGACCAGCGCGACGAGAUCUUCCACAAUGCCCUGUCGGCCAUCACGCCCGGCGAUGACCCGCUCGUGGCUCGGAACUGGCGUCUUGGCGAUGUGGUCCAGUAUGUCCGCCACCUGGCACACCUCGACCCUGUCCUCUGCCACCAGCUCUGGGUCACAAUCUUCCCCAAGGUGUGGGGUGCGCUUUCGCGCCCCCAGCAGGCCGCGUUCACCCCGUACAUUGCCAAGCUCCUGUGCAAGGACUACCACCACAAGCAGGCCGAGCUCAAGCCCAACGUCAUCCAGACCCACCUCGAGGGCAUCGUCUACUGCAAGCCGCCCGUCACCGUCCCACCCCUGCUCAUCAAAUACCUCGCCAAGACGUAUAAUGCGUGGUACGCCGGCUUUGAGAUCCUCACCACUCUGGCCGACACGUACAAGGGCACCGACAACCUGCGCGAUAGCUGCUCGGCAGCUCUGGGCGAGCUGUACGCCGACCUGAACGAGGACGACAUGUUCUACGGCAACGCCCGGACCCGCUACGUCUACCCUGAGACCACUGCCGCGCUCAUCCUCGAGCAAAACGGCAAGUGGCCCCAGGCGAUGGAGAUGUACGAGCAGACCAUGCUCAAGGCCCGUCACGCCGCGCUCCCCUUCACCGAGGAUGAGUUCUGUCUGUGGGAGGACCACUGGAUCCUUGCAGCCCAAAAGCUCCAACACUGGGAGUCGCUCACUGAGCUGGCCCGCGCAGACAACAACCCCGACUUGUUGCUCGAGUGUGCGUGGCGCCUGUCAGACUGGGGCUCGCCGGACCGCGAGAUGAUCGAGAGCAACCUCAAGGCUGUGUCUGGUGUCCCGACACCGCGUCGCAAGAUCUUUGAGGCGUUUACGGCCCUCAUCAAGGCCCACGGAUCGCGUGAGCCGCCAAACGACUUUAUGCGUAUCGUCGACGAGGCCCAGCAGGUUGCCAUCCGCAAGUGGACCACGCUCCCAACGUCAACCACUGGCGCCCACAUCCCGCUCCUGUGCCUGUUCCAGCAGGUGGUCGAGCUCAGUGAGGCGGCCCAAGUGUUUGACAGUCUGCAGAUGACCACGGCCCAGACGCUCGAGGCCCGUGUCAACAGCGAGCUCAAGGGUAUCUUCCAGACCUGGCGCGACCGUUUGCCCAACUUCUGGGACGACAUCAGCGUCUGGUCAGACCUGCUUGCUUGGCGUCAGCACGUCUUCCAGGCCGUGACACGCGUCUAUAUGCCCAUGGUUCCAGCCACCGAAGGUGUCACUCACGGCUACCGCGGUUACCACGAGACGGCUUGGAUGAUCAACCGUUUCGGCGAGGUCGCGCGUCGUCACGGUCUGCUCGAUGUCUGCAGCACUGCGCUCAACAAGAUUUACAUGCUGCCCAACAUUGAGAUUUCCGAGGCGUUCCUCAAGCUCCGUGAGCAGGCGCUCUGCUACUUCCAGAAGCCGGACAAGUUCAGCGAGGGACUCGACAACAUCUCCACGACCAACCUCAUGUAUUUCGCACAGCCUCAAAAGGCAGAGUUCCUCACGCUCAAGGGCAUGUUCAUCUCGCGCCUCGGCCAGGACUCGGACGCCAACGACGAGUUUGCCCAUGCCGUCCAGAUGGACUACAACUUGCCCAAGGCAUGGGCAGAGUGGGGCAAGUUCAACGAGAAGAUGUACCGCCAGCAGCCCGAGCAGCCGCCUGCCAACAGCAAGCCGGCGCCUGGACCGGGCGAAAAGGCCAUGACCGACGCCGAGUGGGCCGAGUCCUGGGCCCAGGACCGCGCCCUCCGCGCCUCGUCGGCCGUCUCGUGCUACCUCCAGGCUGCUGGUCUGUACAACUCGCACAAGUCUCGCGCUCUCCUGCUCCGCGUUCUUUGGCUCUUGGGUCUCGACGACAGCCGCAACACGAUCGCCAAGGCGUUUGAGGCGUACAAGGGCGACCUGGUCAUCUGGUACUGGAUCACCCUCAUCCCCCAGCUCCUGCUCUCGCUCUCGCAUCGCGAAGCCAGCAUUGCUCGCCACAUUCUCAUGCACAUCGCCAAGAGCUUCCCCCAGGCUCUGUUCUACUCGCUUCGUGUUACCCGUGAGGACUUUAGCAACGUCAAGAAGAGCCAGGUCCAGGCUGCCAACCGUGUCGCCAUGGCCCGCAAGGCUGCCGAGGCCAAGGCCGCCGCCGCCAACGCCGCUGCGAACCCUGGCGCAGCUGCCGCGACGCCGGCUGACGCUGCUGCUGCGGCCGAGGUCAAGCCCGAGGCCAAGGAGGAGAAGCCCGAUACUGCAGCUGCUGGUGCGGCGCUCCUCCCAGCCGCUGCAGCUGGUGCCCAGAACGGUGCUGCCAACGGUAGCAACGGCUCCAUGGCGCCUCCCCAGCCUCCCCAGCGCACGGGCCCUCGCCAGCCUUGGGAGUUUGUCGACGAUAUUAUCAACCACCUCAAGACGGGCGUCCCCCUUCUGGCGCUGUCAAUGGAAAAGAUGGUCGACCAGAUCGGUUACCGCGCCAAGCCGAGCUCCGAGGAGGACAUUUACCGCUUCUUCUCGGCGCUGCUCAACGACGCCAUGGCGCAGUGGAGCACCCGCGGCACGUUCCUCAACGACGACACCGACCUGGGCCAGAGCACAAAGGACAACCUCCGCCGCUUCUCGAUGAACCUCCACCCCGAGCUGCGUGCCGCUGUCGAAAACGACUUUAUCAACGACCAGCCCAAGAUGCGCGAGUACAUCAAGCGUCUCCAGUCGUGGCGCGACUUUUACGAAAAGGCCAUUGACGGCCGCGCGCGCUUCCAGCCCCUCGACAUGAACGGCAUCUCACUUACCGACUUCCACUAUGCCCGCUUUGAGGAAGUCGAGGUGCCCGGCCAGUACGUGCAGCACAUUGACCAGUCGGACGAGCUUGUGCGCAUCAACCGCUUCCACCCGCGCGUCGAGCUGUGCCGCGGCUUUGGCUUCUGUUUCCGCCGCAUCACCAUGGUCGGCCACAACGGCACUCCCUACACGUUCAACGUCCAGAUGCCCGCCGCACGUCACUGUCGCCGCGAGGAACGACUCGUCCAGCUGUUCCGUAUCAUGAACAGCGUGCUCAAGAAGCGCAAGGAGUCGCGCCGUCGCAACCUCCAGUUCCACCUCCCCACGGCCGUGGCCCUCGGCACCCAGCUGCGUCUCAUCCAAAACGACAGCAGCUAUGUGACGCUCCAGGAGAUUUACGACGACUAUGCCUUCUCGCACGGCAUGACCCACGAGGACACCAUUCUCGCAUUCUGCGACCGCCAACGCCAGCUGCAUGACCCGUCCAUCCCGCGUACAGAUGCGCGCUACAUCCAGCUUAAGAUGGAGAUUAUCGAGGAGAUCCAGGCCAAGAUGUUGCCCGAGAACGUUCUUACAAACUACAUGAUCAAGAACAUGGCCGACUCGGAGGCCCUCUGGCUCAUGCGCAAGCAGUUUGCCAUGCAGACCGCCGCCACAGCAUUCCUCACCUAUGUCUGCUGCCUCAACAACCGCGCACCUAGCCGCUUCCACAUCUCGCGCAAGACGGGCCAGAUGUACAUGACUGAGAUGCUGCCAUCCUUCACCCAGGGUGCCCCGCUGUUCCACUCGUCCGAGGCCGUGCCAUUCCGCCUCACGCCCAACAUGCAGCACUUCAUCACUCGCGUCGGCGUCGAGGGUGUCGUCACCGCGUCGGGCACCGCCAUCGCCCACAGCCUCACCAUGCCCGAGUUUGAUCUCCAGAGCACACUCCACCUGUUCAUCCGUGACGAGAUCCUCACGUGGCAGAACACAUACAACAAGGGUGGCGAGUCGCGGUCCGACGCACCGCUCACGGCACACGUGUACAAGAACGUCGACCAGUUUAUCAAGCGCGCUGAGCUCAUGGGAUACAUUGGCGAGCCAAAGGCCAACGAGCGCGUGGCCGGUGGGCCCUCGAUCAACCACUCCAUGGUUACCCUCAUCAGCCAGGCGACCGCGCCGGCCCUCUUGGCAGCUAUGCCUGAAACGUUCUUCUGCUUCUGA